AUGUGUUUUAUUUAUUAUCGUUUACAAGGAAGUACCAGCCAGCCAGACAGCAACAUCAGCACCAGAGCCAACAGUUUUUUCUGCACGAAGAGUAACUCGAUCGAGAAAUUCAUCUUUAAUAGAACGCACGUACCAGAGAGGCCGAUAUGGAACCCGAAAAAAGAAUGCGUGGUGCCGAUUUUCAGGUGCAACCAAUGUCUCACCGAUGCCCGCUGCUCUGGACUAAGCGGAAUGGAUUUUAAGUGUUGUCAGUUAGACUGCCACACACUUCCAGAGUGUAGGGAGACCUACCAACCUGAUUGCCAACACAACCCUGUUGUGUGUGCUGAAGGGGAAACAACGAGGCUGACUCUUGAACCCGUGUACGAAGACUUGAUGAGUUCAUACUCGUGCCACGUCAAACGUUCGCACUACGCAGACAUCAACAGCAUCGCCAACAACAAUUACAACAAAAAACAUUCACAAGCCACAAAUAAACCUCGUGACUUUAAAAGCAAACUACACAAGCAACAGAGGUACGGGCCGAAGUACGAGAGGUAUGGAGCGCUUCUUGAGCACGAGACGGGAUUGAAGAAUAAAAUGAAAACGUCUGACGAAGAAAAAAACUCACUACUUCGUCGUUCCUACGAUUCCAAUGAGGAUUUGUCAGAUGCAUCUGUAAGAACGUUCGACGCGAAGUUAAUGAAAUAUUUUGAAACUUUAUUAAAAACACUCUCGAACUGGUAUGUAAAUGAAAACUUUGAAACACUUUUAAAGAGCACAUCAUCGUCACAAGAUUGCAAUCACCAACAGGAGAGUUCAUCAGCAACAAACAAAUUUUCUUCUUCAACAUCAUCAUCAUCAUCACCACCAUCCUUAUCACCAUCGUCGUCUUUGCCAUCAUCAUCGUCAAAACUUUCAUCAUCAUUAACUUUUCACGGCAUAAAUUCUCUUAUUGGUGAAAAUCAACAGCACAUGAAACUUGCAUCGAAGAGUAGUAAUGAAUACACAACAAGGAAAAAUGACAACAAAAAUAACAACAACAACAACAUCAACAACAUCGUAAACAAUAUUAAGAAUGAUAAUAAUGCUUUGCAUAACAAUAAGUUUCACAUUAACGACAAAUAUAACAACAACAACAACGACAACAAUAACAACAAAUGGACUAAAGACAAAAACAACAAUAACAACAAUAAUUAUAACAUAAUGAAGCCAUAUCUUACCUUUAAACUCAAAUAUGUCGUAACAAUACCGGAAGUUUUUAAAAGUAAACCACAGGAAAAGAUUAUAAAUGUUUACGUCGGUAAGAAAUACGGAAUGGCUAAUAACGGCCAUGAUAACAAUAACAACAAUAAUAGUAAUAACAACAACAAUUUGAAAACUGAUAUUAAGAAGAGGAAUGGUUUUGAAAUAAGAAGAACAACAGCAUUAGGUUAUCAACGAGCCAUCCAAUAUAACGGUGUUACACUGGACGACGACGAUGAUGAAGUAGAUGGUGAUGAAUACGAUGAUGACGACGACGAUGAUGAUAGUUAUGGUGAUAACAGUGAUGAGUAUGAGAGGGAGGAGAGAUAUGGUGACGUUGGUGCUGACAACUUUGGGGAUUAUAACGCGAACCGUAGUUUCGAAAGAGACGACGACGACGAAGAUGAUGAUGAUGAAGGUGAUGAUAGUACUGAUAACUACAAUGUUGUUCGUGAUGACGAUGAUGAUGACGAAGACAUUGAAAAUAAUAACGACGACGAUGAUAAUAAAAUAGAAAACAAAAAUAAAGUCGUGAAGGCUCUACGCGUCGACCUCUCGAAACAUUCCACUUUUAUGAAUGACCUAUGUAGCCAACUGAGUUUGGCUCUGGCAAAUAUUUUUAUUCAUAAUUUGCCACUCCAACCUGCCAAUUUAUUUCACAGUUCCAUGAUCUUUUAUUAA